AUGCAAAUGGAUUGGUCAAAAUCGUCAACUUUGACUUUUUUUUUGGCUCUCUCGAGCCGACACUCUCCUUCUAUAUUACCUUACAAUUUGCUUCUCUCAAUUCCCACCACACAACACCACACCAUGAACACUUCUUCCUCUUCUUCUUCCUUCCCUCUCUUUAUCUUCGCCGCCAUUAUCUUUCUCCGGUGCCUAAACCCCACCGGAGCCGCCACGUGUCAUCCAGAUGACGAGGCGGGUCUUCUAGCAUUCAAAGCGGGUAUAACCCGAGAUCCUUCGGGUAUUCUCAGCUCAUGGAAGAAAGGUACUGCUUGCUGCUCAUGGAACGGUGUCACUUGUCUCACCGGCGAUCGCGUCACCGCACUCACCGUCGCCGGACAGUCUGAUGUCGCCGGAAGUUUCCUCUCCGGCACUAUCUCUCCGUCGUUAGCCAAACUCCAACACCUCGACGGAAUUUACUUCACCGAUCUCAAAAACAUCACCGGAUCUUUCCCCCAGUUCCUUUUCCGAUUACCAAAGCUUAUAUACGUUUACAUCGAGAAUAACCGUCUCUCCGGUCCUCUUCCGGUUAACAUCGGUUCGUUAAGCCAAUUCGAAGCGUUUAGUCUCGAGGGAAACCGGUUCACGGGUCCAAUCCCGAGUUCGAUUUCGAAUUUAACUCGGUUAUCGCAGCUCAAUCUCGGCAAUAAUCUCUUAACCGGAACUAUCCCUUUAGGGAUUGCUAAUCUCAAGCUCAUGUCGUCUCUAAAUCUCGGCGGUAACCGUCUCACCGGAACAAUCCCGGAUGUUUUCAAAUCCAUGACGGAGCUCCGAUCGCUAACUCUCUCUCGCAACAGAUUUUCCGGUAAUCUCCCGCCGUCGAUCGCGUCUCUCUCGCCGAUUCUCAGGUUCCUCGAGUUAGGCCAGAACAAUCUCUCCGGUACCAUCCCGAGCUAUUUAUCGAGAUUCAAAGCCCUCGAUACAUUGGAUCUCUCAAGGAAUCGAUUCUCUGGAAUCGUACCCAAGAGCUUCGCGAAUCUCACAAAAAUCUUCAAUCUCGAUCUCUCACACAAUCUCCUAACCGAUCCGUUCCCUGAAUUGUUCGUGAAAGGAAUCGAAUCUCUUGAUCUAUCGUACAAUCAAUUUCACCUGAAAAUGAUUCCAAAAUGGGUGACUUCGUCGCCGAUCAUCUUCUCGUUGAAGCUAGCGAAAUGCGGAAUCAAGAUGAGAUUUGACGAUUGGAAGCCUGCAGAGACUUACUUCUACGAUUUCAUCGAUCUCUCGGAAAACGAGAUCUCAGGGAGUCCGGCGAGGUUUCUGAACCAGACGGAGUAUCUUGUGGAGUUCCGUGCGGCGGGGAAUAAACUCCGAUUUGAUAUGGGGAAGCUGAAGUUUGCGAAGACACUGAAAACUCUUGAUUUGUCGAGGAACUUGGUGUUUGGGAAGGUGCCUGCGACGGUGGCUGGAUUGAAGACACUGAACGUGAGUCGGAAUCAUCUUUGCGGAAAGCUUCCGGCGACAAAGUUUCCGGCUAGUGCGUUCGCCGGUAAUGACUGUCUCUGCGGGUCUCCACUUUCUCCUUGUAAAGUUUAAACGGGCAAGAAAGCUAGAAACUGGUAUUUGGAUUUAGUUUGACACUUGGCUCCAAAUAAGAUUUGUAUUGUAUUAUUAUUAAUAACAAAUAAAGUAGUUUUAAGAUAUGAAGACACUUCA